UACAACUGAUGUAGAAAUAUCUAAUUCUUGCAGGAAAGCAAAAUGCCGAAGCAGAAUGUUCGAGAGCUUGUACAAGAAAUCAUCGCCACUAAAAAGGCUAUUGUACUCCACAAUGGCCUUGUAGAUCUUGUAUUUUUGUAUCAAAAUUUAUACUGCCCUCUACCGGCCAACUACUUAUCAUUCAUUGCAGACAUUUCAGAGAUGUUUGCUGGAGGCAUUUAUGACACAAAAUACAUUGCAGAGUAUAAGUCACGCAUGCAUGCAACUUACUUAGAGUAUGUCUUCAGAAAAAGUCAAAGGGAGAAUGCAGUAAUGAGCACUUCAGGUCAGAGGUUCAUUGAGAUAUCAUUCUGUUCUUAUCCAAAUGAGGUGGACUUUGUUGAGUUCAGACAUUGCAAAUUACCUGCUAAUUUGCAGCAACCAAAUGAUAACAUGGGGAAACAAACAGCCAUAGAGUUUUGCAAACAGUAUGGGAGCCACGGUUGGUGUUCCCGAGGAAUCUCCUGUCCAUAUUCACACAAUCCUGAUGUCAUCCUAGACAAUGAGCAUUUAAACCAACGAAAAAGGAAGCGUAAACGAAACCGAAAAAGAAAACAUAGUGGAAAUGAAAAAGACAUUGAUGACAAAUAUACAGAAGAUUCAGUGUUAAAUAGUGACAAUAAACAUUGCCAAGAACAUGAAAUAAAUGAAGAAACAAAUGAAAUGGAGUGUGAAGAAAAGGAGAUAAAUGCAUGCUUAAUGCAUAUUGAGGCAGGUAGUAAACAAGAACUAAAUACUGCUACUGAGAUUAAAGAGCGAUCUUUGGACAAGAGCAAUUCAAAUAGACAUAUGGCAGAAGGGAAGCACAGAGCAGGAUUUGAUGCUUUUAUGACCGGGUUUUCGUUUGCAACUUUUAUAGGAAAAUAUGGAGCCUGGAAAGAAAUUGAGGUAAUGAAUAAUCAAAUGAGUUUAGGGUCGCGCUUCCAAGUGGAAGACCUUACAAAUCGAUUGUACUUAAGUGGUAAAUCUGUGCCGUUGUUGGUAGAAAAAAGUCAUUUUUCUAAAACAUCUAGCCAUCACAGAGAGAAGUUUCAGAAGAUUUGUCCACCGACAUUCAAGCAUGUAACGCAAGUAGUUCUGGAAUCUGUGGGAUUAAGUUGAUUGCU